UCUCUCUCUCUCUCUCUCUCUCUGUUUCUCUGUGGAUUAUCACGUGGUGGUGGGUCUUUCAGUUGUAGGUCUCGCUACAAAAACACUCUUAAAGGCCUCAACUUUUGUCCCUGUUUCAUUCAUUCAAACCCCAAAAAGUUCUACAUUCUUUUUAAAAAAACCGUACCUUGAUUUUGGUGGUUAUGGAGAACCAAAGUAGAGUUUUUGAUAGCUUUUAUGAACACCCUUUUCGUUGUUUCGCUGAUUGGAGCUGCAUUUCUGAUAAGAAGAAGGAGAAAUGGAAGUUUUUUCUUGCCUGGGUUUUGUUGUGUAUUUGGGUGUUUCAGGGUGUUUCAGGGCAGGACUGGGAUGGUGUGAUAAUCACUGCUGCAGAUUAUCAAGGGCUUCAGGCAUUCAAGAGUGAGUUACUUGAUCCAAAAGGGUUCUUGAAGAGUUGGAAUGAUAGUGGCUUUGGAGCUUGUUCUGGUGGAUGGGCGGGGAUCAAGUGUGCUCAAGGUCAAGUCAUUGUUAUUCAGCUUCCAUGGAAGGGAUUGGGAGGAAGAAUCACUGAGAAAAUUGGGCAGCUUCAAGGCCUAAGAAAGCUAAGCCUCCAUGAUAAUGUCAUUGCAGGUUCAGUACCUCAAACAUUGGGCCUUCUCCCAAAUCUUAGAGGAGUUCAGCUCUUCAAUAAUCGGCUUUCGGGCUCGAUUCCUCCUUCAUUGGGUUUCUCUCCUCUGCUUCAAACUAUAGACCUUAGCAACAAUUCACUUACUGGGUUGAUCCCUGAUAGUUUGGCAAACUCUACCAAGCUUUACAGGCUCAAUCUUAGCUAUAAUUCUCUAUCAGGUUCAAUCCCACUUAGUCUCACUCGGUGUUUGUCUCUUGUUUUUCUUGAUUUGGAAUACAAUAACCUUUCUGGGUCAAUCCCAGAUUCUUGGGGCGAGUCACUGAAGAACAGAUUCUUCCAACUUCAGUCCUUGACACUUGACCAUAACUUCCUCUCUGGAAGCAUUCCUGUUUCGUUGAGCAAUUUAAUAGAGCUUCAAGAGGUUUCACUCAGUCACAAUAACAUAACCGGAGGAAUCCCAAGUGAGAUUGGGAGGCUCUCUAGGCUUACAACACUAGAUUUCUCUCACAAUGCCAUCAAUGGGAGCUUGCCUGCUAGCCUUUCUAAUCUUACCUUACUUACAAAGCUUGAUCUAUCACAGAAUAAACUCAGCGGAGAAAUCCCAGAAAGUCUUUCUAAUCUCAAUAGACUUAGUUUCCUCAAUGUUUCUUUCAACAGUCUCUCUGGUCCUGUGCCUAAACCUCUCUCUCAGAGAUUUAACUCGAGCUCUUUUAUUGGGAACAUUCAGCUAUGUGGUUAUAGUGCUUCAGCUCCAUGUCCUUCUGAGGCGCCUUCCCAGAUUUUCCCGGCUCCUCCACCGGAAAAACAAAGGGCUCAUCAUAGGAAACUGAGCACCAAAGACAUUAUUCUCAUUGCUGCAGGGGCUCUCCUUAUAGUUCUGCUUAUCCUCUGCUGCAUUCUGUUUUGCUGCUUGAUAAGGAAAAGAACUCAAUCAAAAGCAAAGAAUGGGCAGGCCACAGCCAGAGCGGCAGCAAGGGGCGAAAAAGGGGUUGCGGGCGCUGGAGUUGAAGCCGAAACCGGUGGAGAUGCUGGUGGGAAAUUAGUACAUUUUGAUGGUCCAAUGGUGUUCACUGCUGAUGAUCUUCUGUGUGCAACUGCUGAGAUUAUGGGGAAGAGUACCUACGGAACCGUGUAUAAAGCCACAUUGGAGGAUGGGAGUCAAGUUGCAGUGAAGAGAUUAAGAGAAAAGAUUACCAAAAGCCAGAGAGAAUUUGAAACUGAAGUUAAUGUUCUUGGCAAAAUCAGACACCCAAAUCUGUUGGCCUUAAGGGCUUAUUACGUAGGUCCCAAAGGAGAAAAGCUUCUUGUCUAUGAUUACAUGUCUAAAGGAAGUCUUGCUACAUUCCUCCAUGCCAGAGGGCCUGAAACACCGAUCGAUUGGCCAACAAGAAUGAGAAUAGCACAAGGCAUGACAAGAGGGUUGUUCUACCUUCACAACAAUGAGAACAUCAUUCAUGGCAACCUCACAUCAAGCAAUGUCCUUCUUGAUGAGCACAACAAUGCAAAGAUAGCAGACUACGGCCUCUCUCGCCUAAUGACAGCAGCUGCCAAUGCUAAUGUGAUCGCUACUGCUGGCGCUUUGGGAUACAGAGCACCUGAGCUUUCCAAGCUCAAGAAAGCCAACACCAAAACUGAUGUCUACAGCCUUGGUGUGAUAAUCCUAGAGCUUCUAACAGGGAAGUCUCCAGGAGAGGCCAUGAAUGGAGUGGAUUUGCCUCAAUGGGUUGCCUCAAUUGUGAAGGAGGAGUGGACAAAUGAAGUUUUCGACCUGGAAUUAAUGAAGGAUGCACCUACAAUUGGUGAUGAGCUGCUCAAUACAUUGAAAUUGGCAUUGCAUUGCGUCGAUCCUUCGCCUUCCGCAAGACCAGAAGUUCAACAGGUCCUUCAGCAACUUGAGGAGAUUAAACGCGAAGCGGAAGCGGUGGCAGGUACAUCUGGAGGAGAUGAUGGAGCCGCUGGAACGAGCGAGGAGAAGUAGUGGUAGAGAUACUAGAAGAGUAUUGCAUAUAGAAUUCUACUACUACUACUACUACUACUACAAUUCUUUCAUUCUUGAGUACUUGUUUUCCACUUCUGAGCAAGCUUUUAGGUCUGUGUAUAUACAAGUUUGAUUAGCAUUUUGAGUGUUUUAAGACAAUUUUGCCUACUUCGAACUGAUCUUACUCUAGCUGAAGUAGUCUCUGAUUUUGUAGUGUCA